AGAAGAAUUCUGGAUCAUUGGUGCAAGACGCCGAAUUAGAUCGGUGGUGAAACAGUGCGUCCGUUGUAAACGAUUUUCAGCAAAACCUCCAACUACUGCUGCACCCAUUCAAUUACCAUUAGACAGAGUUCGAGAUGCUUUCGCAUUUGAAGUUACCGGCAUAGAUUUAUGUGGCCCUCUGAUUCUCAAAAAUAAAAACAAAACCUGGCCAGAAGAGGUCGGCCAUCUACAGUUUACUUCAGACAACGGCACAAAUUUCGUCGGUACAUCUGCAUUGCUGAAAAAGGUUGACUGGGUAAAGGUAAUUGCUCAGGAAACUUUGCAUCCCAUCACUUGGAAGUUCAUUCCGCCCACUGCUGCUUGGUGGGGCGGAUGGUGGGAGCGUCUAAUCCGCACAACCAAGAAUUUGAUUGUGAGAGUCUUAGGACAAGCUGCAGUCAAUUACGAAGAGUUACUCACCGUCAUCUGUGAUGUGGAAGCCGUAAUAAACUGUCGACCACUUACUUAUGUGUCAAAUGACUCUGAGGAUCUUCUACCAUUAACGCCUUCCAUGUUCUUACAGGACAUUAAGGUUUCAGGUACAGCAGAUUUGGAUGCUUUAGAUCGAAAUAAACUCUUGGCUCGUCAGCGUUUCUGCCAGGAACUUCGAGAACAAUUUCGUAGCCGUUUCCGCAAGGAGUACCUUGGACAGUUAGUACAAAAAGCAUGGACAGACGGACUGUGA